AUGUGUCGCUUCAUGUCGGACUCGCCAGGCGCUGUGAGUACCCAAGGCAGAGUGGUCCUGCCCACCAAUGUGGUCCCCAAGCACUACGAUGUGACGCUGGAGGUGGAUUUCGACAAGUUCACCUUUGACGGCACCGUCAUUAUCGACCUCGAUGUUGCCAAAGACUCCUCCACCAUCUCCUUGAACACCGUCGAACUUGAGAUUCACUCCACCGAAGUCCAUGCCGAUGGCGCCCUCAUCACUUCCUCCCCUUCCCUUACCUACGAUGCAGACACUCAGACCACGACCAUUGCCCUGGGGAAAUCAAUCACAAAGGGCCAAAAGGUGCAGCUCAAGCAUACAUACACCGGCCAGUUGAAUGACAAAAUGGCGGGGUUCUAUAGAUCUAAGCGAAGAGAUGGAAAGUAUUUGGCCGUUACCCAAUUCGAGGCAACCGAUGCUCGACGUGCAUUGCCUUGUUUCGAUGAGCCAGCGCUCAAGGCUGAGUUCACCGUCACUCUCAUUGCAGACGAGGACAAGACGGUUCUAUCCAAUAUGGAUGAAGCGUCCACCACAACAGUCGACUCCAAGAUCACUGGUGGAAAACGCAAGGCUGUCAAGUUCAACCGGUCACCAAAGAUGUCCACAUAUUUACUCGCCUUCAUCGUGGCAGAGCUCAAAUCCAUUUCGACCGACAAGUUCCGCCUGCCCAUCAAGGUGUGGAUGACGCCGGAGCAGAAUGAAGAGGAUGGCAAAUUCGCUCUAGAAGUUGCGGCCAAGACUCUUGCAUUCUACGAAAAGGCUUUCCAGGCUCCUUAUCCAUUACCCAAGAUGGACAUGGUCGCCAUUCCCGACUUUGCUGCUGGUGCCAUGGAAAACUGGGGUCUAGUCACCUACAGAGUGGUUGAUUUGUUGUUCGACCAGAAAUCAGCUGGUGCCGCUACCAAAGAACGGGUUGCAGAAGUGGUGCAGCAUGAACUGGCACAUCAAUGGUUCGGAAAUCUCGUCACCAUGGACUUCUGGGAUGGUCUAUGGCUCAAUGAAGGUUUUGCCACAUGGAUGAGUUGGUACAGCUGUAAUGAAUUCUACCCGGAAUGGAAAGUCUGGGAGACCUUUGUCAUCGACACUCUACAAGGUGCCAUGGGAUUGGAUGGGCUGCGAAGUUCCCACCCUAUCGAGGUCCCUGUUCACCGUGCCGAGGACAUCAAUCAGAUCUUUGAUGCUAUCUCAUAUUCCAAGGGAUCUGCCGUACUGAGAAUGAUUUCCAAGUAUAUUGGUGAGGAUGUCUUUAUUGAGGGAGUCAGGAGAUAUAUCAAGAAGCACGCCUGGGGAAAUACCCAGACCAGUGAUCUAUGGGACGCCCUUGCAGACGCAAGUGGUAAGGAUGUUGCACAUGUGAUGGACGUUUGGACCAAGAAUAUUGGUUAUCCCGUGGUCACAGUCACCGAGAACGAAAAAGAUUCGAGUAUUACUGUGAAGCAGAAUCGAUUCUUGCGAACCGGUGAUGUGAAGCCUGAAGAAGACAGGGUCAUCUAUCCUGUCAUUCUUGGACUGAAGACGAAAGAUGGCGUCGAUGAGAGUCUCCUUUUGGAGAAGCGAGAACAAACGUUCAAGCUCAAGGAUGGGCUUGACUUCUAUAAGUUGAAUGCUGAUCAUUCGGCACUUUACCGGACAAGUUAUACACCCGAACGAUUGACCAAGCUUGGAGAGGCGGCUAGUCAAGGUCUUCUUUCAGUGGAAGAUCGAGCUGGCAUGAUUGCCGAUGCAGGUGCACUGGCGGCAAGUGGAUAUGGCAAGACGUCUGGUAUCCUCAGUUUGCUGCAAUCAUUCAACACCGAGACUCAAUUUGUGGUAUGGAACGAGAUUCUUACUCGCAUUAAUGCUGUGAGAAAUACAUGGAUCUUCGAAGAUGAGUCUACCAAGGAUGCCCUGAAGGCGUUCCAGUUGAGUCUCACUUCAACCAAGGCCCACGAGCUCGGAUGGGAGUUUUCUGAAGACGAAGACCACGUUCAGAGUCAGUUCAAGAGUAUGAUGUUCGGCUCGGCUGGUCUCGCUGGAGAUGAAAAGAUCCAAGCAGCUGCAAAGGCCAUGUUCGAUAAGUUCUUGGCCGGAGACUACGCGGCUGUGCACCCCAACCUGAGAGCAUCGGUAUUUGCCAUGGCAUUACGUGAUGGAGGAGAGAAGGAAUGGGACGCCCUUCUUGCACGUUAUCACUCGGCACCAACUGCUGACGAGAAGAAUACUUGCCUGCGCAGUUUGGGUCGGGCUAAGAGUCCGGAACUGAUCAAGAAGACCCUCGACUUGGCACUUAGCGGAGUUGUCAAGAUGCAAGACGUUUACAUGCCAAUUGGUGGAUUGGGAACAACGUCGGAAGGCAUCGAGCGACGGUACGAGUGGUUGGAAAGCAACUGGGAUGAAUUGGUGGAGAAAUUGCCACCUAGCAUGACCAUGUUGAGUAGUGUGGUCAGCAUCUGUGCAUCUGGAUUCACACGUUCCGAUCAAUUGGUCAAGGUCGAGACGUUCUUCAAGAACAAGGACAAGAAGGGAUUCGACCGCAGUCUACAACAAAGCCUGGAUAGCAUUCGAGCCAAAGCAAAUUGGCUGGAACGAGACAGUGAGGAUGUCUUGUCCUGGCUGAAGGAGAACGGAUACUCGGGAAAGGGAAAGGUGGGCAGUGGGAAGUUGUAG